GUCAUUUUGAAAGCGCAGUUCGACCGGGACACCCAGACAGUUGUCAACCCGCACGCCUUGUUUAGAGAUGAAUAUUCAGGUUUUCGUCGUGGCCGUCCUUGUGGCCGCCGCUGUCGCCCUUCCAGAGUCAGCUUACUCAGCCCCUGCCGACCCGGAGAAUCCUGCAAAGUACAGCUUCAACUACCAAGUCCAGGACGACCCGACCAAGAACGACUUCGGCCACCAGGAGGCCCGCGACGGCCCCGACACGCAGGGGUCGUACCAGGUGCAGCUUCCCGACGGCCGCCUGCAGAAGGUCUCGUACACCGUGAGCGUGGAUUCCGGAUACGUGGCGGACGUGAUGUACGAAGGAGAGGCUCAGUAUCCGGCCGAGGGCACUGCCGGGCAUGCCUGAAUGCCCCGAUUCCUUCCCUUAUUUAUUUUGAGAACUAGUGAAGCCGACUAGGACUGAUUAAAGCUUUAUUUUAAAUAAUUUUGUUUUUAUAUAGUGGCGUUCCUUCGCAAUCCUAUGCGAUAUGAUUCAGUGUCUUUCAUAUAAUUUUCAGUAACCACUAUCAGAAAUUUUGUUUUCAUCUAUCAGCUGUCUAAAUGAUAUAUUUAUGUAUCCAUAUGUAAAUAAAUUUCGUGAACAAAGCAGAAAUAGAUUUCCU